UAGAACCGCCUCGUGAGAUGGGACAGGAUAGAAACAAUCCUACCUAAAAAGUCGACAAUAAAUAUCCUAAUAAAAUAAGUUGACAAUAAGUAGCGGUUCAGCUGAACAGAAUUCUCCAUUCUUUCAGAGCAAAAAAUAGCCAUUGAAAUGUGAAUGCUGAAACCAACAAAAAGCCAAGAGACAGAGAAGAAUGGAGAAGUGGCAGGAGGAGAAUGGCAAAGGCAAUGGCAAUAGCAGCAGCGUGUUGGUAGAGUUUCCACUAGGCGAAGCAGCGGAGGUAUUCGAUCUAGAGAAGGCAGUAUGCAGCCAUGGGCUGUUCAUGUUGGCUCCCAACCAAUGGGACCCAAUCUCUCGUUCCCUCUUUCGCCCUUUACGUCUCCUUGAUCAUCACCAUCAUCAUUCUCCUCAUCUUACAGUCACGGUCCGUAUCUCUCAGCCGCCCACUUCUUCCACUCUCCACCUCCGCGUUUACGGCACACGCUCCCUCUCUCCACAACACCGCCACUCUCUUUUAAGUCAGGUGGCAAGAAUGCUGCGGUUGUCGGAGGCCGAGGGAAACAAGGUGAGGGAGUUUCGAAGUAUUGUGGAAGCAUUACAUGGAAAAGAAGAAGAAGCAACGGAGUGCUUGAGGAGUUUCAGUGGGAGAGUGUUCAGGUCCCCUACCUUGUUUGAAGAUAUGGUCAAGUGUAUUCUUCUCUGUAACUGCCAGUUUUCAAGGACUUUGAGCAUGGCUAAGGCACUUUGUGAGCUUCAGUUUGAAAUUCAACACCAAUUUUCUAGUGUAAAGGCUGCUGAAGAUGAUUUCAUUCCUAAAACUCCCGCUGGGAAAGAGUUAAAGAGAAAGUCGAGAGUGUCCAAAGUUUCCAUGCCAUUAGAAAGCAAGUUUGCAGAGGCAAAAGCAGAUCAUUCAGAGUCAGAUUUUCAGCCUUCUCGAGAAAUAGAAGAACCCCAUGCCCGCAAAGAAAUUGGAACCUUCCCCAGUCCCGAAGAACUAGCUAACCUUGAUGAAAGUUUUCUUGCUAAACGCUGUAAUCUUGGAUAUAGAGCAAGUCGAAUAUUAAAACUUGCCCAGGGAAUUGUCCAAGGCAAUAUUCAACUAAUGCAACUGGAAGAAGAUUGCAAUGAAACAAGCUUAUCCAGUUAUAAUAAGCUAGUUGAACAGCUGCGUAAAAUUGAUGGAUUUGGUCCUUUCACAUGUGCCAAUGUGCUCAUGUGCAUGGGAUUUUACCACGUGAUUCCAGCUGAUUCUGAAACUAUCAGGCAUUUAAAGCAGGUUCAUUCAAAGAGUUCUACAAUACAGACCGUUGGAAGGGAUGUUGAAGUUAUCUAUGCAAAAUAUGCACCAUUUCAGUUCCUGGCGUAUUGGCUCAUUAUUUGAUCUGUAAUAAAGGUUUUCUACAGCUCAAUACUGAAAACCAAGAGAUGGAGCUAAUGACUAAAUCAAUCAAGAUAAAACGGUAAGGAGAGGAUUUCUGUUCCAAUCUCUGCCCAUGAUCUUACAAAUGCUGAUAGGCAAUAUCACAAUAAUUCCUCCACAAUAUCUAAAUGAAUUGAUAGAGAAGUGUUCUGCACAGCUAAGUCUGUGCGUCUGUGAAGGCUUUAGCGAAAAACGUCUUUGCAGCCUUAUUUUCUCUAUUGAUAAGGGUAAAUUAGGAUGAAUCUCUUAUUUUCUUCUGUUUAUUGAUGAUACCUUCCAUACUAACAAGUGAAGCCAUUGAUUAAAUUGGACUUGGUGAAUACCAACUUAGUUAAUAAGAUUAAGUUGAAACCAAAUAAAAGAAUAA